UCGUUUUCUCUUACACGCAGCGUCGGUGCCUCUUCUCUCGCCCUCUCUCUGACAUCAGACAGUGAACGAGCAGCAGUUCGUUUUUCUGAAAAACGAUUCGAAACUUUAUUAGCAUUGCAAAUGCUUCCUGGGCAAGAGAGGUGAAAGCCAAGUUGUGUGUAUAGUGGAUAUUUUUUCCAGUAAACUUUUUCGUCGAGUUCGUUCUUCAGCUUGCAAUCAUUGAUCAGUGGACGAGUGAACGUGACAGUGAUGCCUUCUAGCAGACCCUAGCGAAAGUAAGGACAUUCGAGUGUUGUGCUUCCCUUUCGUUUUGACCCGAGAGAAUGGGCAGCCAAGAAAACAGAAGUCUGUGGGUGUUCGGAUACGGUUCCCUGUGCUGGCAUCCGGGCUUCCAACACGGAGCUGCGGCAGUCGGCUACAUCAGACACUACGUCAGGAGAUUCUGGCAGGGAAACUCGACGCACCGCGGUGUCCCUGGGAAGCCGGGCAGAGUGGCGACGUUAGUCGAAGAGCAAGGCGGCGCUACUUGGGGCGUGGCCUACGAGCUGACAGGGGAAGCAGCGCUGAAGUAUCUGGAGGACCGGGAAGUGUCCCUGGGAGGCUACACAACCGCCGUCGUGAACUUCUUCCCCAGGGAUCCAUCCCUCGCGCCCUUCCCAGUCUUGUUAUACAUUGCCACGCCUGCAUCUCGAGAAUGGGCAGGUCAGGCGCCCCUACACGAAAUAGCCACCCAAAUCACCCAGUGCUCAGGACCAUCAGGACAUAACGUCGAAUAUCUGCUGAGACUGGCGGAGUUCAUGAGAGAGAAGGUUCCGGAAGGCUACGACGACCAUUUGGCCACACUGGAAGCUCUCGUCCGAAUCCGGGUGAAAGAGAACAACAUGUGCUUGAAGUCCCUUAUGGGCGAAGGCCCCAGGGAUCCCCAGCCGCAGGUGGAUGCUGCGGAAGCUCUUCCGCAGGAACCAGCUGAAGAGAGGCGGGACACCUUCCAGUUCUCGGCCUCACUACCUCCCAAGAAGCUGCGUUGUCUCAACGUCUAGAAUUAAUUUCAAGGCGUAGGAUGAUGACUCCACCUACCGCCACCUGAUCCGGGAAAAGGACUGUGCUUUCACUUAGUGACUGGGAAAAGGGGAAGACACUCGAAUCGGAAAAAAGGGGAAGACACUCGAAUCGGAAAGAGGGGAAACCACUCGAAUCGGAGAGGUGUUCAAUCAGGUGUCGUUGUGAAAGAUGACUGAGGCCAAGAAUGUGUUCCAGGUGUUUGGAUUCGUUCAGUUGACGAUGGUAAAUAUUGGGAGGACUCUAUAUGCAGUUAUAUUAUUUAUUACUUGAUCAACUUAUGAAGCAGUCAAUCAAAUGACCCCAUGGCAACAUUUAUUGGUACCAUGACAUCCUAUAGUCAUAAGAUAUCAUGACUAAGUCCAAAUUACCUGGCAUACCAAACACACAUCCAAAGGUCAGAAGGCUAUUGUAGGAAAUGAAGAAACGAUAUUCAGAAAACGUUAUAGGAAGUUAUUUUCAUUAUUUUGGAACCAGAAUAAAACUAACGUGACGCUUCACUAUGACUGACAUAGUACCAGAGUACCUACAUUGUAACCUAUUUGAUACUCCGGCAGUUAUUUAGGUCUAUUGUGACGAUAUUAUAAUGAGUAUUGAUUUUUACUAGAAUGGCGAAGAUGACCUUUGUAACGCAGGCGACGCUACUCAUAAACAAAUGGUAUUACCUCACUGCCUGCAGAUGCCUCUGUUUUUGUGAAGGAAGCCAUGAUCUAUACCAGGUAAAUAAUCAUAAAUGAACUUGGAAAUGAAGUAUCCCAUUAUAUAUAUUUCAUACUUUUAUUAAUUUUAAAUUUCAGAAGCUUCAUGAGAUGAAAAUAUAAUUUAAGAUGAUUACAAAUGUGAUGAACAAUCAAAGCCUUUUAGGAAGGACGUCUCUCUUUCGCUGAAUUACGUUCAUUGUUAGUGAUCAAGAGGAUAUUGUCCACAAAUGUUUAGGGUUUUUUGUAUUUCGUCGAAGAUUUUGAUGUUUUCCUUUAUCGAAAAAGGUUAUUAUGACGAGUUGUUAAACUGUAUCACCUAAUCAUAUUGUCACUGGAGUCACUUUUCCUACUAGUGCGAUCUUAGAUGAUCUGACGUCUUUAUUGUUAAAUAGCGAACUAGGUACUUUUUCUAACCACUCUACCCUGACUAGGACUUCUUGUGGCGAAGAUGUAUUGCAAAGAUGUACAAUCAAAUUCGGAAGUUCGGGGCGCUCAGUGAUCAUUCCUUUUACAGUGUAGAAACGGCGAUAGUUUCAGCCACAGAGCCUCGGCGGACUUUGGAAUUUGACUUUGAUACUGGACGUGUCACGCUGACGCCAAGUCACAUCAAUAUUCACACUAUAUUUCCAGCGAUUUACAAUAUAGUAAUUAGAACUAUGACUUAAAUUCAUGAGGACAGUGAAUGCAUUCUUGCUACAGAGGGGGACUAGGUACGGUAUGAUGCUGUAUUUCAAGCACACACAACAUUUCUUCGUGUUCCAGGACAUUUGUUAUAAAGUCCAAGUGUUUCUAAAAGCACAAUUUUUGGUGAUGUCAUUAGAAGUGUAGCCUUGAGCAUAUGCAGGACAAGAGAAUGUCGUGUCACAUCUAUUACUCUCAUUUGCGUAGACAGAUCAGAGGCACCGAUGAUAUCGUAGACAAAUAGAAACUUCAUGCAGUUUUGAAUUUCGUUUUUUUUUUUUUUCGUGGUAGAGAUUUCUUGUAUGUUCACAUUCCCUGAAGAUGUUUUGGAUCGCCUUCUCUUCUCUGGUCACAUUUCCUCGCUCAUUUUUUCAUGGUGGUUUCUCGAUUGCCUGAUCUAUUUAUUAUAAACUAUUUUCUGUCAUAAGAAAGCAGCCUGCAACAUUUGAAGAUGUUAAUUGUUCAGGGACUUUUUGUACACAUUUAAUGAUAAUCAGAAGUGGUCUCUAUUGUUAGGAAUUUUAUCAUUUUAUCAACAACUUUUAUCCACAUCUUGAGAGGAUACAUUUAUCUAUUAUCAUUAUUGUUAUUUUUAUUAUUAAUUAUUAUUAUGUCUAUUUAAGUAGCCAAUGGCUCUCCGUCCAAAGAAAAAAAUUCAGCAUUCAAACUUUUUAUCAAAAGGACCAAGUUGAAUGAUAGGAAGAAGUUUCUCAGUGUUCAAAACAUUACGCAAUCAGAAUUUUCUUUGUCUUGAAAAGUAUUUGUUUCUCUUGUAUAAUUCAUCUGUCAUAAUAUAUAUAUAUAUAUAUAUA